AUGAUAUGUCCAUUAAGAGGAUACCCCAUUUGUGUGAAGGGUCAUUGUGAAUGCCCUCCUCACACGUAUAGAGCAUUACCUGAUGAUACCAACUGUGGUGUGAGUAAAUGCAUUGACUAUUGCAAAGCAAAAGGAGAAGUAGCUUCUGCUUGUAUUUUGAACCAUUGUUUUUGUCGCAAACCUCCUAUGUAG